AUGAACAAACUAUCAAAAGAUUUUGGUACCACUGUUGAUGUGGAAAAAGUAGGAUCUGUGGAUAUGCUAAAUAACACCACCAAUUUCGAUGAUUUUAAUGAUAAAAUAGAUAAAGAGAAAUAUGGUGAGACGAAAAGAAAGUUAAGUCUGAGGCAUGUUGCGUUAAUGAUUAUUGGUCAGAGUAUUGGAACAGGUUUGUUUAUUGGUCUUUCAAGUCCGUUAAUGACUUCAGGAAGUUUAUCUUUAUUUAUAGGGUUUUUAUUCUGGGCAUGCCUUGUGGUUUGGCCGUUGAUGCAGUGUGUUGCUGAAAUGUGCUCGUUUCUUCCUAUAAAGGGAAGUUUUUUGCAUUAUUCCGCUAGAUGGAUUGAUCCUGCUAUGGGAUUUGCAUGUACUAUGAUAUAUUUGUAUACAACGUUGAUGUUCGUAUGUGUGGAGGUUGUGGCAUUUGCAUCUGUUAUAGGGUUUUGGACCGAUGCCAACCCAGGAAUAUUUAUUGCAGUGGGAAUAUUGUCGAUUUUAUUUUUCAACGUAUUUGGUGUUAAUUGGUAUGGUGAGAUCGAGUUCGUGUCAUCGAUGUUAAAAGUUUUACUUAUUGUGGGGUUGAUGUUAUUUGGUUUGAUUUCCAUGUGUGGUGGUAACCCUAAGAAGGAUUCAUAUGGGUUUCAACAUUGGUCUGAAGGUGGAUUAUUCAAGUCUUAUCUUGUAUCUGGUAGUACCGGCAAAUUUCUUGGCUGGUGGAAUGUCUUAAUCUACGCUGCAUUUGCCUGUGGGGGUCCAGAUAUCUUAGGAAUGAUUGCAGGUGAAGUCUCACAACCACGUAAAGUCAUUCCAAUGGCUGGAAGAAGAGCUUACAUCAGAAUAUAUUUAUUCUACUUCGGUGGUAUUUUCUUCAUGAACUCUUUAUGUGCAUCAAAUGACCCAGCUUUAGUAGCAGCAUCAGCAACAGGAAAGGUGGGUGCAGCAGCCUCUCCAUGGGUUAUUGGAGUUAAAAAUGUUGGUGUUACCGGAUUGGACUCUCUUGUUAAUGCAGUAAUCAUGUCUGCUGCCUGGUCUUGCGGUAACGGUUUCUGUUAUGCUGCUACCAGAUGUGCCUACAGUGCUUCCUUGGCUGGGUACUUGCCUCGCUUCUUUUCAAAAUGUUUGAAAAAUGGGGCUCCUAUUUAUUGUGUCAUUGGUUCUUUAUUGGUUGCAUGCUUAUCGUUCUUGAGUAUCUCAAGCUCUACUGCGCAAGUAUUCGAAUGGUUUAUUAAUUUAGCGACUACAGGUUUAUUGUGCACCUACUUUGUAAUAUGGCUUUGCUACUUCAAGUUUCGUCGUGCCUUGGAUGCACAAGGUUUUGACUACAAAAAAGACACAUAUUAUCAACCACCUUUCUUUUGCCAGCCUUACAUGUCUUAUUUCGGAUUUUUCUUGACCAUUUUAGUUUUAUUUUUCAAUGGAUUCUGGAUUUUCUUCCCUGGUCAGUUUUCUGUUUCUAAUUUGUUCACUUCCUACUUUGCUCCUGCUUUCUUCAUUGUUUUGUACUUUGCUUGGAAAUUCAUCAAGAAAACUCAUAUCAGAAAAGAUUCCGAAGCGGAUAUCACCACUGGAAAAGAAGCCAUAGACCUUGAGGAAGAAGAAGAAAAUGAAUGGAUUGCAUCACAACCUAAGAAAACAGGGUUUAUCUAUAGAGCUUAUGACAAAUUCUCUGACAUUUGUUUUAAUUGA